UUCCCCGCAGUGUCACUUUGUCACCGAGAGCACAACAAACAUGGCGGAGACUGCAACCUUGGAGAGUAUCACCGAGCAUGAACGUAUCCUGCAGGAAAUCGAGAGCACAGACACUGCCUGCGUCGGCCCCACGCUUCGGUCUGUCUAUGAUGACCAGCCAAAUGCACACAAGAGGUUUAUGGAGAAACUCGAUGCCCGAAUACGCAACCAUGACCGGGAGAUUGAAAAAAUGUGCAAUUUUCACCAUCAGGGGUUUGUGGAUGCUAUCACAGAGCUGCUGAAAGUCAGAGCCGAUGCAGAAAAACUAAUGGGCCAAGUUACCGAUACCAAUCGAAGACUUCAGGAUGCAGGAAAAGAGGUGACAGUGCAGACGGAGGAAGUGAUUCGAUGCAGAGUACAGCAGAGGAAUAUUGCCACCACUGUUGAGAAGCUCCAGUUGUGCAUUCCUGUUCUGGAGAUGUACAGCAAGUUGAAAGAACAAUUGGAUUCUAAAAGAUACUAUGCUGCAUUGAAAACAAUGGAACAUCUUGAAAAUAUUUACAUUCCUCGGGUCAGUCAGUAUCGUUUCUGCCAGAUAAUGGCUGAAACACUUCCCAAAUUGCGUGAAGAAAUUAAAGAAAUUUCUAUGUCUGACUUGAAAGAUUUCCUGGAAAGUAUCCGGAAGCAUUCCGAUAAAAUCGGGGAAACAGCAAUGAAACAGGCGCAGCAGCACAGAACCUUCAACAGUGCUGUCCAGAAGCAGGCCAGCGCAGGGUACGGAAAGCCCCUUUACAUGCUGAAUGGCAAAGGAUCCAGCCAGAAGAAUGGGAUCCCCUCAGAAGAAGGGGCAGAGGAGGAGGAGGAGGACACUGAUGAAGAGGUUUUGACUGCACAGGAUCUUGUAGAUUUCUCACCUGUGUAUAGAUGCCUUCAUAUUUACACAGUUUUGGGUGACAGAGAGACCUUUGAGAAUUACUACAGAAAACAGAGGAGAAAACAAGCAAGGCUGGUCUUACAGCCACAGUCCAACAUGCAUGAAACCGUAGAAGGAUACAGGAAAUAUUUUAAUCAGAUUGUGGGAUUUUUUGUGGUGGAGGAUCACAUAUUGCACGCAACACAGGGGCUGGUCACCAGAGCCUAUACCGAUGAACUUUGGAACAUGGCGCUCUCCAAAAUCAUUGCUGUGCUGAGAACCCACUCGUCCUAUUGCAAUGACCCCGACCUUGUCUUAGAGCUGAAGAAUUUAAUUGUCAUAUUUGCAGAUACUUUGCAGGGCUACGGGUUUCCUGUGAGCAGGCUGUUCGACCUUCUGUUUGAAAUACGGGAUCAAUAUAAUGAGACCUUACUGAAGAAAUGGGCAGCUGUGUUCAGGGAAAUAUUUGAACAGGACAACUAUAGCCCAAUCCCUGUAGAAAACGAAGAAGAAUACAGAACCGUGACUAGCAAGUUUCCGUUCCAUGAUGCAGAAAUCGAAAAGCAACAGUUUCCAAAGAAGCUUCCCAUGUCUCAGUCAGUGCCUCAAAUCUACAUUCAGGUGAAAGAAUUCAUUUAUGCGAGCCUGAAGUUUUCAGAGUCCCUGCAUCGCAGUUCAACAGAAAUAGAUGACAUGCUACGGAAAUCCACAAACCUGCUGUUGACCAGAACCUUAAGUAGCUGUCUUCAGAACCUCAUCAAAAAGCCACAUAUAGGUUUGACAGAGCUGGUUCAAAUCAUUAUAAACACGACUCACCUGGAACAGGCCUGUAAAUACCUGGAAGACUUUAUAACGAACAUCACAAAUGUUUCCCCAGAAACCAUUCACACUACGAGGCUCUAUGGCCUUUCCACGUUUAAGGAUGCCAGACAUGCAGCAGAAGGAGAGAUCUAUACUAAAUUGAACCAAAAGAUUGAUGAGUUCAUUCAGCUAGCGGACUAUGAGUGGACCAUGUCAGAAUCUGAUGGAAGAGCUAGUGGAUAUCUAAUGGACCUCAUCAAUUUCCUCAGAAGCACAUUCCAAGUCUUCACGCACUUGCCUAUUUCCUUGCUGGGUUCUGCUCAGAAUAACAACAAUGACCAUGCAGCAAUGUCGGGAAAAGUUGCUCAAACAGCCUGCAUGUCAGCCUGCAAGCACCUGUCGACGUCCUUAAUGCAAAUGCUGCUUGACAGUGAGCUGAAACAAAUAAGCAUGGGAGCCAUCCAGCAGUUCAACCUGGAUGUCAUGCAGUGUGAAUUGUUCGCUAGCUCCGAGCCGGUGCCGGGAUUCCAGGGGGACACCCUGCAGUUAGCGUUCAUCGACCUCCGACAACUUCUUGAUCUCUUCAUGGUGUGGGACUGGUCCACCUAUCUGGCCGACUACGGACAGCCUACGUCCAAGUACCUGAGGGUCAACCCCUCCACAGCUCUUGCACUCCUGGAGAAAGUCUACAGGGGGAUGAAGGACACAAGUAAAAAGAACAACAUUUUCUCCCAGUUCCGAAAAAAUGACCGUGACAAGCAGAAGCUGAUAGAGACUGUGGUGAAGCAGCUGAGGAGCCUGGUGAAUGGGAUGUCCCAACACUCUUAGGAGUCCUGGUCUUUGUUAUACUUACACAUUGUCUCAGUGUCCCGCAUUUCAGUUAGAGAAAUACUUUCCUGUUUAUACCAAACUGGAUAUAGUGUAAAUACUAUAAUAAGAGCACUUACUGGAGCCUGAAAUGUUAGUUCAAUGUUUUUUAAUGUAUUUUUAAUGGAUGAAAAAAGUUUUGUAUAUUGUGAAUGUGCAAUGAUUGUAUCACCACAAAGAGGGUGUUUCAAAACAGACUGGGAAUGUAUAAAUCGCAAAGUCAUAGAAUGGAUAAUGAAGUCCUUAAGUGAGACUGAUGUUCAGUGAAUCAUUCUGGAAAGACUUCAUACAGGUUUCACGCUGCGUAAUAUCGAGAGGGUUUUUUACUGUAAAUAUUCUGGGGAUAUUAAACACUACAGUCUGACAUGCUUCCUGUGGUUCUUAUUGAAAUAUCAAACCGCUUUUAAUCAAUGAACAAUUGCCUACAAAUGGCCAUGCAUGACCUGUAUUCAAAUGGUUUUAGGGAGGAGGGAAGCAGAAAGUCUACUUUUUAUUUAGAAUAGCUGCAGUUUACAGAUUUUUACAGGCUAAAAAGAUGUAUCAUUUAAGAAGUAAAAUCUAAGUUACCAUUAUUAACAAAAAAAAAUGAUUUACAUCCUAAAACACUACUCAGCUUUUCUGUUAAGUUUUCUCAGGGUGAAAAUGUCAGCUUUUGAGUUGAGAUGCUUUAGAAGUUCAAGUUAAGACUUUAUUUUUAAUGAAACAGCAAUAAUGGGUAAAUGUGCAGCCUCAUGCAAGUGUAAAUGCUUAUGUUUAAAUUAUUGUUUUAAGAUCACAGUUUUUACUGUUUCUGCACUACUGUAAUGGGUGUUUUGCACUGAAACUUUUUAGUGAUGAAUGUGUUUGGAAGUUGCAUCUGUAAAAAUGCAGUACAUUUAAUUCAAUUUUGAAGUAAAAUGCAAUAGAAAGUACAGUAUUAUGUGAAAAUAAGUUGGAAUAGGCAGGGGAUUUAAAAUAUUAUCCCUUAACCUUUUAAUUUGUAAUUGGACUUAGUAUUUUAUAUCCUAUUUGUUUGAAUUUCUUAAGAACAGUGUGACAUCUGCUGCAGUGAAGCCAGUGCACUCCUGUCUCUUCUCUUUACUAAUAGCUUUUUACAGGCUGUCACUGCUUGAUCUGUACAUUUCAGGGUGAUGUAAGAAAAACAUUUUUAAUACAGUUUUAAUGUAAGGGAUUUCACUUAAUAUUUUAUUUUACAGGCAUCAUGACUGCCAUUUCUUACUAAAGGAUUCCUUGUAACAUUUCAUUACUUUAUCACUGAAUAUGUUUUGAACACAAAUUGUUACAUCUUGCUCUGGAGAAAAUAAAUUAAACUACCGAUUUUAGUUGUU